CUGUGAUUCCCCAACAACACCCAUGGAAAACAACACAGAAGUGACUGAAUUCAUCCUGCUGGGACUAACAAAUGCCCCAGAGCUGCAGAUCCCCCUCUUUCUCAUGUUCACCCUCAUUUAUCUCAUCAGUGUGGUUGGGAACUUGGGGAUGAUGCUGCUGAUUCUCUUGGACUCUCGCCUCCACACUCCCAUGUACUUUUUCCUCAGUAACCUGUCUCUGGUGGAUGUUUUUUACUCUACAGCUGUCACUCCCAAGGUCAUGGCUGGAUUACUUAUAGGAGACAAGGUCAUCUCUUACCAUGCAUGUGCUGCUCAGAUGUUCUUUUUUGCAGUCUUUGCCACUGUAGAAAGUUACCUCCUGGCUUCAAUGGCCUAUGACCGCUAUGCAGCAGUGUGCAAACCCCUCCAUUACACCAUGACCAUGACCAUAGGUGUGUGUGCUCGUCUGGCCAUAGGGUGCUAUGUCUGUGGAUUUCCAAAUGCCUCUAUCCACAUUGGGAACAUUUUCAGGCUCUCCUUCUGUAAGUCCAUUGUGAUCCAUCACUUUUUCUGUGAUGUUCCUGCAGUCAUGGCUCUCUCUUGCUCUGAUAAACAUGUCAGUGAGCUGGUUCUUGUUUUUGUAGCAAACUUCCACAUCUUUUUUGCUCUCCUCAUUAUCUUGAUUUCCUUGUUCAUUUUUAUCACCAUCCUGAAGAUGCCCUCAUCUACUGGAUAUCAGAAGGCUGUAUCCACCUGUGCCUCCCACAUCACUGCAGUGUCCAUCUUCUAUGGGACAGCCAUGUUCAUGUAUUCCCAGCUCAGCUCCAGCCACUCCACGGACCCAGACAAAAUUGUAUCUGUGUUCUACACUAUGAUCAUCCCCAUGCUAAAUCCUGUGGUGUAUAGCCUGAGGAACAAAGAAGUCAAGAAUGCUUUCAAGGUUGUUGAGAAGGCAAAACUGUCUCUAAGCUUCACCUCUUAGGGUUGUAGGAUCCACAGUGACCUAGUUUCAUUCCUGUCAGAUCUUCUCCAUGCACUAAUUCAGGGUUUACAGCCCACACAGCAUUUAAAUUACUGACAUGAUACUUUCCUCUUCAAAAGUCUGUCACUAAAAAAGAAAAUAGCAUGUCCAGUUGUGUAACAUCUGGAUGAGAAUAGCCAUGAGGACCUUAAAUAUUUAAUGAUCAUGCUUAUCAUAAACAUUAUUAAUUAUAUUUGAUUUAGUCAUAUGUUCACAUUUUCUCCACCAUAUUCUAAUGCAAGUAUAUUGGUAAAACAGGGCUCAAACCCAUGAAGAAAAGUUCAUGUAAGGAUGCAUGUGUGCACAUACACCCAAGAGUGGGAAAUUUGUUAAA